AAAUAGAUCCCUCAGACCGGUCCGACCAUCCGUGAGACAGGAAAGUGGCGUGUCGUGAUGUCACACACCGCGGCCGCUUAUUUGUCACCUUUCCAGCAGCGUGUGUGCGCACACACACCUACAUACCGAGUUCCCCUCCACACGUGCACCAGUCAGUAUGUUCCUUUCGCUUGUUUGACAAGUUCUUUUGAGCUUCAGCUCGUGUUGACUUGAAUUCUGUCGCGCUCACUUCGGCAACUCCUCAUCUUCACCUGAGACCCAGAGCCUUUUUAGGUGGGGGGGUGGGUUGCUGUCGUCACCAUGGAGAAGUUGGAGCGUCGCGUCCACCUGUCCCCUCAUGGGUCCACGAAUCCGUUCUUUCACAAGGUGACGAUGAGCCGCUUCCAAAGGAUUCGGGGCCUGAUCCUCGGAAGCUUUUUGUUCCCGGUUCGGCUGGUCCUGGUGAUCUUCUUCUUCCUCCUUAUGUGGCCUCUGGCCCGCUUACGCCUGGCGGGCCUGUCGGCGGAAGACCGCGCCCGCCCCGUGACGGGCUGGCGCCGCUGGCUUUUCCAUCCCAUGGUCUGGCUCCUGAGCCGGGCCGUCUUCUUCUCCUUGGGGUUCGUGUGGGUCCGGGUCAAAGGUCGGCGAGCUGACUUGAAGGAUGCCCCCGUGCUGGUGGUGGCUCCCCAUAGCACCUUUCUGGACAUGUUAGUUUUGUGUACCACCCAGUUGCCCACCGUCGUGUCCCGCUCGGAGAACACCAGCCUGCCUGUCAUCGGAGCGCUCCUGGAGUUCAACCAGUCGGUGCUGGUGAGCAGGAGCGACCCGGAUUCCAGGAAGAAGGCCGCUGCCCAACUCACAGAGAGAAUCACCUCCAACGGAUACUGGCCUCAGACGCUGAUGUUCCCUGAGGGCACCACCACAAACGGCAGCGCUCUGAUCAAGUUUAAACCCGGUGCUUUUCUAUGCGGAGUCCCAGUCCAACCAGUUUUGUUGCGCUACCCCAACAAAUUGGACACGGUUCGCUGGACGUACAAAGGGACAACAUGGGUUGAAGCGCUGUGGCAUACUACAUCGCAACUAUACACCAACAUGACUGUGGAGUUCCUGCCUGUCUACCAUCCCUCGCCGGAGGAGAGGAACGAUCCCAACCUGUUCGCUGACAAUGUGCAGAAGCUCAUGGCAAAAGCACUGGGCGUCCCGGCUACGGACUACGUGAUGGAGGGUGGCGUGCCCGUCCAAAGAGUGGGCCAUCUCUCUCUCCCGCUGCCGUCGCCCGGGAGGGAAGCGCUGACUUUGCUGCGCAAGGCCGGCCUGCAAGCAAGUGAAAUGGAAGCCGCGCUGGACAGAAUGAUUGACAAGUGUCAGUCAGGAUCCACUCUGGUCGGAGCCGAAGAACUCUCUUCCCUUCUGGGACUCGCCGACCGGCAGACAGCGGAGAGAGUCUGCGGGCUCUACUCCGAGCUUGCUCUGUCUGGUGGUUUUCAGGAAAAAGUGGUGGACCUGAGACGAAUCUAUCUGAAUAUGGCCGCUCUCUCUGGACUCGUUGACAUCCAGUCACUCCUGCGCACGGCCUUCAAUUUGUUUGACGAAGAGGGGAAAGGAAGUCUGAGUGCCGAUGAUCUGUCUGGCCUGAUGGGGGCACUGCUGGGUUUACGUCAGCAUCACACUGCACAGCUCUACUCUGAGGUUUCCAGUGGUGGCCAGUUAAGUCAAGAUGACCUUGUGCGAGCUUUGAUGAGCCACCCGACCUAUCAGAAAGUGAUGAGCGAGCACCUGCAGCCCGGCUGGGCGACACGUCCGUUGCUGGUUAACAACAACGGAAUCAUGCUUAAUGGCAACAAAAAAGUGAUAUGAUGGUUCAUAUACACUUUUUUGUACAAAAACAUGUAGCUGCAGCUUUGUUUUACUUCAGCGAAAAGAGACACUUUAUCAAAGUAAUUCUAACUAAACAUUGUAUUGUUGCAUUUUUGUGUGCAUGUUCACGAUUGUGCCUUUAACACAAAUGUUCUUGUUUUAUCUGUGAAUACUUUUAAAAGGGCAACCUGUAUAAAAAAAGUCCUGUUACGUUUAAAAAAAGUAAUUUGUUCUUCCAAAUGUUGGGAUAUUAAAAAGGGCUUUAAAUCCAAAUAAACAUUUUUACA